AAGUUAGAGUACCAUAUUAAUUAUUUUUCAAAAGAUUGGGGGGGUGGCUGCCCCCCCUUGUCCUUCAUUGGCUCCUUCUCUGCUCCCAUCGAUCUCCUCUGUUUGUCUGUGUAUUUCGGACCCACGAACAAGACAACUUCUUUGAACAAGUCGCAAGGUGGGGUGCUUGUUUGAGCUCAACUAUCUACAUAUUCCUAAUUAUGAAAUGGAUACACCAUCAUUUUCAAAUGAUAGAGUCAUCCAAACUUUACUUUCCCGCGCCCUGCGCCUCACGCCCUGCUCCUCACGCCCCGAACCCAGGUCCCCUGCACCAGCCUGCGCCCUUGCUCCCUGCUCUGCGCCCGACGUGCCUCCUGCGCCCAGAUCCCGCGCAAUCAUCACUCCUGCACCUGCUGCUGCGCUGAGCUCAGAUCCUCUGCCAUGCACGCUGCGUCACACCCCUGGCCUCUGCGCGCCUGAGCCUGCACUCUUCCCUCUGCGCGCCUGAUCCUGCAAUCACGCCCCUGUGGCUUGCACGCCAGCCACUGCUGCUGCACGGUGCCUGCUCUCCUGCACAAGAAACAAACAAAAAAAAAAGGGCUUUCGGUCCUUUGCUUUUUAGCCUGCAGAAAUCAGCAGCUGUACUUGGAGGAUCAAGGAAAAAAGAAAAAGAAGGAAGAUCAAAGGGCUCCGGAGUUUGAAAAUUUAUUUAUGUGCUUGUUUGUCUCUGGGGUAUAUAUAGAUAUAUAGAGCAAAAGAUCAGAGGGGAGGAGGGUGGUAGAGAGAGAGAGAAAUUCAAAAAAAAAAAAUGGAGAUCUGGUUUUGAGAGGGAGAAGAGAAACUGAAAAAUUGAAAGGAAAAGAUCUGGGUUUCUGGGGGGUUCUUUGGUUUUGACUUUUGGUGUUGACGGCAAAGAAAAGAGAGGGAUUUCGGCUAGAAGGAAGCAGCAGCUUGAGAGGAGAUCGUUAAGCUCUUAAAGGAGUGACUGUUUUUGGAAGCUGCGUUUCUGGAUUUAUCUUUGCUUUAGGUAUUUUUCUUCAACAGAGGAGUUCUUUCGGGGAGGCAGUGAGGGGAAUGAUCUGGGCUUGAUCCCGUGGGUGGGAUCCCCCAGAUCGGACUCCGAUCUGUUACCCAGGAAAGCUCCGCCGUGUUCGUUUCUUUUAUCCUCCUGUUUCUGUUAUCUGCUUUCAUGAUGUUAAGUUUGUAUAUGUUUAUCUGAACAUGAAUGAGAAUCUAGGU